CCGCCCCGGAAGGACGCGCCGGGGCGGGCGCUGGCGGCGCUAGGUGGGGGGUAGGCGGCGGUGGCGGUUCGCGGGUGCCGGUAACCGGGGAGUGCGGGGCCCCGGCCGGCGGGGCCGGGCCAUGGGGAAGGAGCAGGAGCUGCUGGAGGCCGCCCGUACCGGCAACCUGCCCGCCGUGGAGAAGCUGCUCUCGGGCAAGCGCCUCAGCUCGGGCUUCGGCUCGGGGGGCGGCAGCAGCGGCGGCUCGGGGGGCGGCGGCGGCGGGGGGCACCCGCUCUCCAGCCUGCUCAGCAUCUGGAGGGGACCAAAUGUGAACUGUGUUGACAGUACUGGAUACACUCCGCUGCACCAUGCUGCUUUGAAUGGCCACAAGGAUGUGGUGGAAGUUCUGCUGAGGAAUGAUGCGCUAACCAAUGUGGCAGACUGCAAAGGUUGUUACCCUCUUCACUUGGCAGCCUGGAAAGGAGACGCAGAGAUAGUAAAACUUCUCAUCCAUCAGGGACCCUCCCACACUAAAGUGAAUGAACAGAAUACUCUUGAGAUCAAAGAACUCAAAAAGUACGGCCCUUUUGACCCCUAUAUCAAUGCCAAGAAUAACGACAAUGAGACCGCGCUGCACUGUGCUGCUCAGUAUGGCCACACGGAAGUUGUGAAGGUUCUCCUGGAGGAGCUGACGGACCCCACGAUGCGCAAUAACAAGUUCGAGACGCCUCUGGAUCUGGCCGCACUCUACGGAAGGCUGGAGGUCGUGAAGAUGCUGCUGAACGCUCACCCCAAUCUUUUAAGCUGCAACACUAAGAAACACACACCCCUGCACCUGGCAGCUAGGAAUGGACAUAAAGCUGUAGUCCAUGUCCUCCUAGAUGCCGGCAUGGAUAGCAACUACCAGACUGAGAAGGGCAGUGCUUUGCACGAGGCUGCUUUGUUUGGCAAGACAGACGUGGUACAAAUAUUGCUGGCUGCAGGUAUUGAUGUGAAUAUAAAAGAUAACCGAGGCCUGACAGCUCUGGAUAUUGUGAGGGAACUUCCUUCUCAGAAAAGCCAACAAAUAGCAGCUCUCAUUGAAGAUCACACAACUGGGAAAAAGAGUGCAAAAGCGGCAGAGAAGGCUCUGCCAACACCUGUCAUUCCUGCCACUGAACCUGCAGUCCGGAUACCACAGGGUGAUGUGGAGAAAGCAGUGACUGAACUGAUCAUAGACUUUGAAAUGCACCCAGAGGAGGAGUGUCCUUAUGAAGCUUUAUACAAUGCGACAUCCUGCCACUCGCUGGACAGCCUGGCCAGUGGGAGGUCUUCAGACAGAGACUCUGUGAAUAAGGAAGCAGAGACAACGGGUCUUAAGGCAGCAGGAAUCAGGCCUAGAGAGCGUCCACCCCCUCCUGCCAAGCCACCCCCUGACGAAGAGGAGGAGCACGUGGAGAAGAAGCUAGGUCGCAGUGCUUCAUGUGAGGUCUCUGUGGUGCGGAGGAAGAGCAGGGGAAGUGCAGCCGAAGAAGAGGAGCAUCCUUAUGAGCUGUUGCUUACCGCAGAAACUAAAAAGCCGCUUGCAGUGGAUAGAAAAACAAAAGGGGAAUCGCCAUCUUCAGGUGCUAUCAGCAGUAACCAGCUUCAGGCCAAACCCCGAAAAGGCAAGUCUUCCCAAGAUGGUCAAUGGCCAUUGAAUCGCCAAGGUUCUUCCGACCUCUCUCCUAGCCAUUCCGAGCAAUAUCCAAAUCCCGAAUCACGCACAGUUGAGACCUCGACAGACCACAGGAGGAGCAGUGGUAGCCGGAGCCAAGAUUCUGCAGACAGCCAGGACAUCCAGGUCCCGGAGCAGUUUUCAGGGUUGCUCCAUGGCUCUUCCCCGGUGUGUGAGAUAAACGAGGACCCUUUCAGGCUCAUUUCUUCUGUGGCCAAAGGAGGCACAGAGGGCACAGGCCACUCACCUGCUAUGCAGUUGGAGGAUGCUGAUUUACCUGUCUCUGGAUCAGUACGGACCAGUUCUCCUGAGCAAAACCAGAAAGCGAUCUACGCAACGGUCCAGCCCAAAAACAUCCAACAGGCAGAACCUGAAACUGCAGUGACUCCCCAAGCACUGCAGCACCCUGGUGGUACAGAGGAAGAGGGAGACAGAGGCAGUGCUGGGGGCCGAGCCCACCUGGGAGGCAAGCCCAAAGCAGAGCUCAAACUCAGCCGUAGUUUGUCCAAAUCAGAUUCCGACCUCCUGACCUGCUCGCCGACUGAGGACGAUGCCAUGGGGAGCCGGAGCGAAUCGCUCUCAAACUGCAGCACUGGGAAGAAAAGGCUGGAGAAAUCUCCGUCUUUUGCUUCGGAGUGGGAUGAGAUUGAGAAAAUCAUGAGCUCCAUCGGUGAAGGAAUUGACUUUUCUCAGGAACAGCAAAGGAUCUCAGGUUCGCGGAUGCUGGAGCAGAGCGUCGGGGAGUGGCUGGAGUCCAUCGGCCUGCAGCAGUAUGAGAGUAAGCUGCUUUUGAACGGCUUUGACGAUGUCCGCUUCCUGGGCUGUAACGUAAUGGAAGAUCAGGACCUUCGGGAGAUCGGCAUUAGCGACCCUCAGCACCGCAGGAAACUUCUCCAGGCUGCACGUCCCCUUCCCAAGGUGAAAUCUCUGGGUUGCGAUGGGAACAGCCAGCCUUCUGUUCCUGCUUGGCUUGACUCUUUGGGGCUGCAGGACUACAUUCAGUCCUUCCUGUCAAGUGGCUACAGCUCUAUUGAUACUGUGAAAAACCUCUGGGAGCUUGAAAUAGUAAAUGUGCUGAAGGUGAAUUUGCUUGGCCAUCGAAAGCGAAUCAUUGCCUCCUUGGCGGACAGACCAUACGAGGAGCCACCCCAGAAACCACCGCGGUUCUCACAGCUGAGGUGCCAGGAUCUGAUGUCCCAGACUUCCUCACCGCUGAGCCAGACUGACUCCUACACGGGGAGGUCUGCGGAGCUCUUGCUGCCUUCGGGGGAUACUGGGAAGAGGCGACAUGACAGUGGCCAUGAUGCUGCUUCUCACGCCAGAGCCGACAGAUACAAAGCACAGGAGGAGCAUCGUGAGUCCAGACUGACUCUCAGGCCCCCAAGUCUCGCUGCGCCGUAUGCGCCUGUCCAGAAUUGGCAACACCAGCCUGAGAAGCUCAUCUUCGAGUCCUGCGGGUAUGAGGCCAACUAUCUGGGCUCCAUGUUAAUCAAAGACCUGCGAGGGACGGAGUCGACGCAGGAUGCCUGUGCGAAGAUGAGGGUAGGUGGGUGGCGGCCAAGAGAAGCAUGGAUGGUGUGGAGCAUGCAGCUUGUGGAGACCGAGGGUGCACAUGGAGUCUCCCUCUGUGCAGGGCUGAAGCGGCUGCUCAGGAGGAAGGCCGGCCUGAAAUCCACGGAGCAUAUGAAGAAGAUCCCAACCAUAAUAUUAUCCAUCACUUACAAAGGGGUGAAGUUCAUAGAUGCUUCUAACAAGAAUGUUAUCGCCGAGCACGAAAUCCGGAACAUCUCCUGUGCAGCCCAGGACCCCGAAGAUCUCUGCACGUUCGCCUAUAUCACCAAGGACCUGCAGACCAGCCACCACUACUGCCAUGUCUUCAGCACCGUCGAUGUGAACCUGACGUAUGAAAUCAUCCUGACGUUGGGACAAGCGUUUGAAGUCGCUUAUCAGCUGGCCCUCCAAGCCCAAAAAUCAAAACCCACCGGUGCUUCGGCAGCGGAAAUGAUAGAAACGAAAUCUUCCAAACCGGUGCCUAAACCCAGAGUCGGCGUGAGGAAAUCCGCAGUGCCGCUCCCUCCCGAUAGUCGCUGUUGUUACUGUCACACCUGUACUACACACCGUCCCUCCUAUCUGCCGCUGCAGUCUGUUAGUCAAGGAGCUAAGCUGGAGCCAUCUGAAGUGGACCAAGACUCCCAGUCUCAUGCCAGUGUCUCCUGGGUUGUUGAACCCAAACAGGAUUCUAAGAGGACCCUCAGCACUAACUGAUAUGCAGGCAGCUGUGUGCUACCAUGGAAAUGUAGUAACGGGGCAGAGACCUAAGAAGCAGUGGUACCCCAACAGGAUGAAGAUCUCCACCCGGCACUGGUGUCUGCCUCUUUGAAUAUAUUCAUGACUGUUGAGUAAGGGCUUCCAAAGCCGAGGGGGGGAAAGGGAUCCCAGCAACAAAAGCAACUACGCAUUUCUAGCAAAGGAGAUUUGAGACUUCUGAGCUCAAGGGAGUGAUACCAUAUUUUCUAGUCUGUUGCAACAAAUGUUUUUUUUUUCUUUUACGUGCAACGAUACGAAGCAAAACAAAUCCACAACUUAAUGUAGCAUGUUGCAAUUUUUUUGGGUGGAACAGACAUUAGUAAAUUAUAAGAUUCCACAGUACUGUCCUGUCCUACAAAGAGUAUGGUAAAAAGUCUUAGCAAUGGCGCUAGUAUGUGUAUGUCUAAUGGUACUUUAAUUCGCCUCAGUUCCUGGUGAGCAGUAGAAAACAAUUCCAAGAUUUUGGGAAUAGCUGUUUAUUCCAAGUUAUGAAACUCAGCUGCAUGGGUUUUCAUACACUUUUCUUUAAAGCCACUCCAAGCCUAAGUGGGAGAUGGAUAUAACUUAAGGAAAACUGUGUCUGCAAAGGAGUUAUAAUCCUAGUGAUUAUUGCUGGAUAUCACCCAUGGUACGAAGCCUGCUUUCACUACAAUACUUGAUGUUUUUAUGGUAAGGAGGACACAAUCAGGUCUCUUUCCCUUAGUUUAUCACACUGAAUAACUGGAGAGUUUGCUCCUUUCUAUACCCUCUCUUGCAUCUGCCAUGUUUUUUAAAUGCAGUUAUGAGCUAGCGGGUUCGGUUUUUAAAGUCUGAUUGUGAUUUAGCACUUCUUUGAUACUAGCUCAUUUGUGAAUUACCAUUAGUGUAACAGUAUUUCAGAAUACGAACAAACACGGAGUUAUAUUCUGGGCAUUACACUGAAACAGUCCAUACUCAAUGAUAAUUCUAAUCAAUCUAAGGAUGGCUGGUCCCAAGCAGUCUCUCAUUCUUAAACAGAACACAAUCUUGAAGGUGCUUUUGUAAUUAUGCUUCAUUUAAACUACCAGAGUAUUUAAUGGUGGCUUUGGCUGUGACAGUUGUGUGAACUGAUGUUUUCCAGUGCCCUGACCAUCAGGACCUUGUUGGAAGGAGAGAUGGUAAAAUGGGCAUGACUUGGUUCUUGAAAUGUAAAAACAGGGCCUGCCAUGCCACGACUGUGAUCUCAGGCAGGUGUGAUGGUUUGGUAGUGCCCUGUUGCUUAUUAGAAUUUUGUGUCCUAACUAUUUGUUUUUAACUCCAGUUGCUGCUGUAUCUGUCAGGAUUUAAUUUAGUUUCAUUCCAGCUGAUGGUGAGCGCGGAGAGAAACAAACAAUCCCCAGGGCCUAGACCUGUCAAUGAUUAGUGGGCAGAAAACAAACGGUUUUUAAAAAUUAGUGAAUUUAGGAAACUUAACAUUCCUCCUUAUACCCACGUUGCAGUUCAUACUGAUGUAAGUGUAAAUAUUCGGCGUGUUGGCAGAGACUGAACCCCUGCUUUGGAGAGGGAUAGCUCUCUGUUGGAUGCAUGAGCUUUUGAGGUUGGCUGGCAGUAAAAGUGGUGACGAAGACUCCAGUCUUGCUGUUGUCUCCAGUGACCCAGCAACCCCCUUUGCAGUUCUCUUGCUAGAUGUUUUUCUCCAAGACAUAGAAUACGUAUUGCCGAGGAGCGAAGCUUUGGCGGCGUAUGUUUUAGUGUGGUAUGUUUUCAAGGUACUUGCCUGGUAGGGCUCUCUUCCUGGGCCCCAGCCUCUAUUUUUCAGGAGUUCAAGAGGCUCCCAGUCUUAGUACUUUGCCAUUUGUACACUGUUCAGACUCUUGUGUUCCUACAGGGAUUCACAGUAUCUGGAGGAAAGUGUCCUAGAUUGCUGUUACUGAAUGGGAUUAAUUUUUCAAAGUGUUGAGCUAGUUCUGGCACCACCCUGUGAGCCAUUUCCUUCCCUUUUUCAAAGGAUAGACUGUAUUCUAGAGCACCCUCCAUUUGUAUCUGGUAUGCGCCAAGCUGAGAACUCUAGACAGACACUAAGAUUAAUAGCUGAAUUGUCUCUUUAAAAUGAGGGUGCAAUCAUUUAUGUAUUCAGAUUAAAGCUGCUGUAUCCUAUUUUAUUCUGUACCUAUUAAAAAAAAUGGUAAUCUCGGCUGUUCAGUUUUGUCUUUAAAUUCUAGAAAAAAGUUGGUAAUUGGAUUUGAGGUACACCCCCAUUCCCCUUGCAGAAAAAGGGUAUUUGGAUGUGCUUGAAGGGGAAGCUGAGCUGGACUGCUGCCCUUUGUGAGGCUGCUGCAUUGUCACCAAAUGGUAUCCCUGAGCAACUCCCAUUUCUUGAUCUGUGAAACUGAUGUGGGCUCAGCUACAUUAACACUCCCUCAUUCCAGAGUUCAGAUAGCUAUCGGCAGGAAUUUCAGUGGUUUUCCCUUAUGCUUACCAUCAGUUGAGUGCAGUAGGGUUUUUCAUUUUAUAACAAGCUCUGUUUGUUUGCCAUUCCAAACUCCCUUUUAGAUCCUACAUUGACAUAUUUAGAGCUACCUGUCCAACCAGAAGCAAAUUUGAUGCUCUUGAAAUGGGAGAGCUAACUCAAUUUUUUGUCUUUUGAAAAAUAACCUGAGAUUUCCCCAACAGGGCAGAGAACAGUCAACUUCAGUUUGCAAUUUAGACCUUUUUACUAAUUGUGAUGUAUGGCAGUGGGACUGAUUUGUAAUAAAAAUGUUAUUUAAUCUGUCUCUGUAUUUUGAUACUUGAAUUUUCUUUUUUCCUGUAUAUACAAUUGUUAAUCUGUUUGAAUUUUUGUCUGAAUUUUAAACAUUUUGUGGUACCAAACAUAACCAAUCUGUGCAACAACAUAGACUGACCUCACUACAACAAGGCGAGAUUGUAAAUAUUUCUGGGCUUCCAGCGGUCGUUUUGUUGUUUUUCAUAACUGUACAACUUAGAACAGACUGAAUUAAUAAAUAAACUCAGACACA